GCUUAGAUUAGACGCGGCCUUUGCGCUUGGGCUCCGGGCUCCUCAGCCCACGCCUCAGUUGGUGGAGAUCGGCCAGGUUGAACAGCUGGGAAAAGCAAGCCAGAGCCUUCUAGGCCGUAAGGCCCGGGGACCCGAGGAGGAUGAGCUGGCUCUUUCCGCUGACGAAAAGCGCCUCCUCCUCCGCAGCUGGGUCCCCUGGUGGUCUCACCAGCCUUCAGCAGCAGAAGCAACGCCUGAUCGAGUCCCUUCGGAACUCUCACUCCAGUAUAGCUGAAAUACAGAAGGAUGUGGAAUACAGAUUACCAUUCACUGUAAACAACCUGACAAUUAACAUUAACAUAUUGCUUCCUCCUCAGUUUCCUCAGGAAAAACCCGUGAUCAGUGUUUAUCCACCAAUACGACAUCACUUAAUGGAUAAACAAGGAGUGUAUGUUACCUGUCCAUUAGUAAACAAUUUUACAAUGCACUCGGAUCUUGGCAAAAUAAUUCAGAGCCUAUUGGAUGAAUUUUGGAAGAAUCCUCCAGUUUUAGCUCCUACUUCUACAGCAUUUCCAUACCUAUACAGUAACCCAGGUGGACUGCCUCCUUACGCUUCUCAGGGUUUUUCAUUUCUUCCUCCGUAUCCUCCACAAGAAGCUAACCGGACUAUCACUUCUGUAUCUGUUGCUGACACUGUUUCUUCAGCCACAAGUUAUACCACAGCCAAACCUGCUGCUCCUUCAUUUGGUAUCCUUUCAAAUCUGCCAUUACCCAUUCCCACGACAGAUACUUCAGCACCGAUAAGCCAAAAUGGUUUGGGUUAUAAGAUGCCUGAUGUCCCUGAUGCAUUUCCAGAACUCUCAGAACUGAGUGUGUCACAACUCACAGAUAUGAAUGAGCAAGAGGAGCUAUUAUUAGAACAGUUUGUGACUUUGCCUCAACUAAAACAAAUCAUUACUGACAAGGACGAUUUGGUAAAAAGUAUUGAGGAGCUAGCAAGAAAAAAUCUCCUUUUGGAGCCCAGCUUGGAAGCUAAAAGGCAAACUGUUUUAGAUAAGUAUGAAUUACUUACACAAAUGAAAUCUACCUUUGAAAAGAAGAUGCAAAGACAGCAUGAACUUAGUGAGAGCUGUAGUGCAAGUGCCCUUCAGGCAAGAUUGAAAGUAGCCGCACAUGAAGCUGAGGAAGAAUCUGAUAAUAUUGCUGAAAAUUUCUUGGAGGGAAAAACUGAAAUAGAUGAUUUUCUCAGUAGCUUCAUGGAAAAGAGAACAAUUUGCCACUGUAGAAGAGCCAAGGAAGAGAAACUUCAACAGGCAAUAGCAAUGCACAGUCAAUUUCAUGCUCCUCUAUAGAUUUUCCUGAAAACAUGAACUGCCAAGAGAGGAAUGGGACAAAAAACUAAGCACAUUGUUUGUAUUUAUGAUUCACAAAUUGGCAUUUCAUCACAGUAGCUGAAUUUAGACAGACUGUAUAGCUUGUAUAUAGAACUGAGACUGAUUUUGUACAGGUUAGAAUGAUUGCUAUAGUCUUUGCUUUGAAAAGUUUUCUGUACUCUCUGCACUAAAAAUGUUUGUUUAUUGUUGAUAAAUCCUAUCAUAUUUAAGUUCUACUGCUGUUCCCCCCCCAUUAGAAAUUAAAUACCUGUGCAUGUAAUUUUAUCUAGGUUUCAUUAUUUUAUAAAAUUAUUUCAUUUAAAUUUGUAUUUUUAAUUUGAAACUGCCUCAUUAUAAAAAAUGGUUUGUUAUUUAGAUUAUUCUUUUCAGUCUUUUUUGAAAAAAUCAGUAUUUCUCUUCCUCCUUUCUGGAUAAAACUUUGAGAAGCAAUUUGUUUUUAAAUAUUCAUAGUAUCAGGAAACACCAAACCUGCCAGUGUGCUGUCCGGAAAAAAAAAAAAAAGAACUUUUAAUAAGUACAAUAAAUCAAAAGGAUAAACC